AUUCGAAUACAAACUGUUCGGAAAAUGAGAGGGAGUGAAAGAAGGUGUGCUCUCCGUUGAUCUGCGAGUUUAACUUUCACUUCAUUUCGCUCUAGAGAUGACAAUAACACACUCGGAUUAAGCACAAACUGUUUAUUCGUACACUGCGCGUAGUUGAAAUUCAUAUAAAGUAUAAACUAGACUUUCGGAACUGUGCACCACAACAUGGCCUAGAUACUGUAUGUCUGCUGCGACCUUGCUGUGACGUUAGAAAGUUCCGUUGCAACAGCUGAUCGAGAAUGUCGUAGGUUUUUGGCUGCGUUUAAUAACGGGACAGCGUGUUGUAAUGGUGGAGUGGGGUAUCUAUUGUUUUACUUUUUUCACAAUUUUAGGAUGCUGCGGUGGUCUAGAACUGACUGCCUACAUAUCACAAGGUGGACUACAUGGCCACAUAACUUUUCGGAGGUAUCAUGCAGACAACAGAAAAAUUCAUGUCCACACAUCACUCCAGACUGUCAAUGAAGUUUCCAAAUGGUCUUGGAGAAUACAUAAAUUUCCAGUUUAUUAUAGUACACUACAGGAUCGGUGCAAUGAUGAGAAACUUGGGCCAGUGUUGUUGAAUCUAGAUGACACUAUUGGACUUCUCGAAUUUCCUGUGAAAAACACCAGUGAUUUACUGAUACCCACAGAUUUGAUAUCAUUAACUGGUGAAAAAGGCUUAUGGGGCCGAUCUCUGUUGAUCUUUGAAGAGGGCUAUAGAAUCCAUGCUGCUUGUGGUACAAUUAGUGUUUCAGAUCAAACAGAUGAAAAACUGGCUGAAGCAAAAUUCUAUUCUCCAGUUGCUGGGUCUGUUUUCAUGCGGUGGAUUGGAAGCCUACAUUCUGAUUCCAUAGAUGCACUCAUUCACACCAAUCUUUACUGGGUAACUAAAGAGAAAGGAAGUCCAGAAAAAGAUACAAAACAUCACUGGAAGAUCUAUGCAACAGAUAUUUUAGAUGCAGAAGCAGGAAAGACAAGAAGCAACUGCAACUUUCUUCAGUUUGUGUUUAAUCCUGCAUCUGCAAAAGAAGGACAAACUGUUGGUGACAUUGAUAAACGGUUGGGUAAAGUGCAGAUUUCAGGCAGUCCAGACUCCAAUGUUAUAAACACCUACCAUGACUCAGAGUUAACAUCUGUACCAUUUGACUUAACAACAGGGCAACGGAGCCUGUACAUUGUAAUAUUUGACUCAAAACACCCAGACAGUUUUUUAGCAUGUGCAAGAAUUAGGCAAAUAACUCCUUACACACAGAAGGUUAUCAUGCAGUCUGAAGGAGUAUCUGGAGAAGUGACAUUCAGCCAGCGCUCACCAUUUGACCCGACAUGGCUACAUUUUAAUUUAUCAUCAUACAAUGAUAAAUUUCUUGGGAGGCCUUUCCAUCUGACAAAGUACAGGAUACAUGAACUGCCACCUCCAUCCUUUUUUGCUGAAAAAAGUGGCAAUAGAUGUUUUCAAACAGGCAAUGUGUACAAUCCGACUGAUAUCAAUCCAGAUGAUGGUUCUGCAAGCCAGGAUACAUAUGGUGUUGGAGAUCUUAGUGGAAAACAUAAUAUGUGGCGUGAAGAACAAACCUUUUCUGAUUUGAAUGGCAGGUACUGGGAUAUUUAUCUACCACUUCAAGGUCCAUACAGUGUUGCCCACAGAUCCUUAGUGCUUUACAAGGACACUAAAAAUGAGAGCAAUCCUAAUGAAAUAAUUUCAUUGCCAUGGAUAUGUGGGACACUCUCCCAUUACCAGGAGGGAAAGAACAAAUGGAAAGAGCCAAUGUUUACUGCUGCAGUUAUCUACAGGUAUCCAAUUGUAGGUCGUAUUGUCUUCCGUCAGCCAAAAGACAAACCUUGGGCUGAUACUACAGUGAUAGUGGAAUAUUUAAUACAUGCAGAUGGAACAUCACAAAAUAAUACUGAGGAACAUCGCUGGAUGGUGCAUGAUUUGCCACCUGGAAAAGAUUUCUAUAACUGGACUGGUCGCUGCUUGAGUGCUGGUCACGUAUACAAUCCAUUUGAGGUGAAUCUUCAAUCAAAAAAUUCUGAAUCACCAUGCACAUUAGAGAAAUCUGGCUAUUGUCGAGUAGGUGAACUAUCAAUACGUCAUGGCACACUAAGCAUUGCUGGACGCAAAUCUGAAAGUAAUAAAUUAACAUGCCGUCUGUAUACUGACACUCAUCUUCCUCUUUCUGGACCUGGAAGUAUACUUGGAAGGUCUCUAGUAAUUUAUGAUGACCAUGGGCCAAAAGCUAGAGGAGAACGUCUUGCAUGUUCACCGAUAACAGCAGUUUACAGGCGCAAAGCUGUUGUGAAAGAUUGGUUUGGCAAUGGUUUGUUGCCAUCUAUAAAAGGAAAACUAGAAUACUUCCAGCAAACUGAGUAUGAUAUCACCGACAUUGAGGCAAAUAUUGAAGGACUUGAAGACACAAAUGGUUUUCAUAUUCAUGUUGUACCUGUUGAUCCAAGUCUAGAAUUUCCAUGUGAAGCUUCAUCUUUGUAUGAUUACUAUAAUCCAUACAAUGUAAGUCUUCAUCUCUCUCCUGCACCUGCAACUGGAACAACAGACCAGUACCAGAUGGGAGAUUUAAGUGGAAAAUUUGGAACACUGGAUGGAUUAACAAGUCUCAACUCAGCGUUCAAUGACACACAUCUCCCACUCUUUGGUCCAUACAGUAUCAUAGGAAGAUCAGUUGUUAUCCAUAAAAAGAACAAAAACCACAGGUGGGCAUGUUCAUCAAUUGAACGUGGCUAUUCCCCUUCAGAAGCUCGAGAACUAAGAGCCAUUGCAUCAUUUCACCAUCCCUUGGGAUUUGCAUAUGGUUAUAUCAGAAUGACCCAACUGAUAUAUAAUGAUGGCAGCAAAAGUGACACAGUGAUCGAGGUGAAUCUGAGACAUCCUGGAAAAAAUGAUAGGAAUGUUACAAGGAAUCACAACUGGGCAAUAUAUGUAAACCCUGUGGGUGUGGAUGCUUCGGUUAAAGUUCUUAACACUAGAUGUGUAGCGGGAGGAUAUAUGUGGAAUCCAUAUUAUACCCAGCUUGCCGAUCCUUUGAAUGAAGAGCUGUACCGUCAAGAGUGUGGUCCUGACAACCCAUUACGUUGCUAUGUAGGUGAUAUUUCAGGACGCUUGAGUACAAUAGAUUUAGGCGAUAAAAGAAAAGUUUUUUCUGAUGUCAACUUUCCACUAGAAGGUGAUGUAUCAGCCAUAGGAAGAUCAAUUGUAAUUAUGAACAAGGAUCGUGGCUCAGAAAGAUUUGCAUGUGCAAAUAUAGAACCAGAUAAGGACAUCAUAAAAUAUGCCAACAUACAAAAACCACCAAAAUUUGUUUUGGCACAGUUCAUUGAGGAUGUUCGAGAAGUAAUGGGAGUUCCAGAAUGGAUGUUAAAUGUAGAUAGUCGUAGGACUAAAAUACUGCACUCAGGUGCAUGCAUUCAGUUUCUACUUCACUUUAAAGGUCCUAUUGCAAAUCAAUUAGAGCAGGAUUUCAGCAGGCUUUUGGGCACUGGAAGACUCGCUGCACCUAGUCUUUACAUUCCUGGUUAUGUACCAAGUUCGAAAAGGAAAACACAGCUAUCAUACCGCCAAUGUGGAGCAAGUGACCCAUUAGAUAAAACAAGAUCAAAGAGCAGUGGGGUGACUCACAAGGAUACAAUAUGUAUUACUUUUCUACUUUUAUUUGUAUCAUUCAGUUUAUUUUAGCUUAUCAAUCAGACUGUUUUUAUUGGCUGUGUAUAUCUGAAAUUACUGUAUAUUAAUAUUUUAUUAACUGCUGGUGUAAAGGAAGACGAAAGCAAAUAGAACUAAGAGAAAUGAAGUGCUGUAAAAGAUAAAAGUAUGUACAGUACCCUUAUCAACUGUUUAUGUAUAAACAGUUGGCUUUGGCUAUAUGGCCAAGUGCAAAAUCAUCACACUACUUAAUGCAUUUCUUGUAUACAAUUAACUUAUAAAUUGCAGAAUAGAUGUGGAUAUUUAGUAAAUGUUGCACAUGCCUAUUGUA